CCUUCCAAUCCCGACUUCAUUUAUCGCCGUUUACUCUGACGGAAUCGAAGCUCGAGAAUCGCAAACCUGAGAGAAAUCUCGUUUCCAAUCAUUAAAGAUGUCAAAUUCGGAGCUCUCUUGCUCCGAUUCCUCUUUCUUUUCUUCAAGCUCGAGCUUCUCUAUUAAUGGUGGGUUGAUUCUGGAGCCUGCGGUUUCCAAUAAUUCCUUUCUUCGCUGGGUCUCGCCGGCGGCGGAGCAGAGUUUUGGUAAGGGUUCUUCUGUGUCGUCGUCGUCGAAUUUGUGUCGAUUCAAAGCGGUCGGAGUCGGAGGAGGAAGGUUCUUGUCGGUGAGCUUGACAAGCGACGGGAUUGUUCGCGAGACGAAGAGGUGUUUGGUUCAGAAUGGGUACGAGGACGCUGUGGUUGAGGAGAGGAAGAAGAAGAAUCAGAAAAUUAGGGUUCGGAAAGGCGCUGCCGUCAACACCACCAAGCAUUUAUGGGCUGGCGCUAUCGCCGCCAUUGUUUCCAGAACUUUUGUGGCACCACUUGAGAGAUUGAAACUGGAAUACAUAGUUCGUGGUGAGCAGAAGAAUCUAUUCGACCUCGUCAAAACUAUCGCGGUUUCUCAAGCUUGAGAGGAUUUUGGAAGGGGAACCUUGUUAACAUCCUUCGCACAGCGCCGUUCAAAGCCGUCACUUACGAUACUUACAAAAAGCAAUUACUCAGACUUUUUGGAAGGGGAAUGAAGAGACCACUGAUUUUGACACAGUGCUCAUAAUUGAAGUGAGCUCGAACUAGCAUGAUCAUCCACGGCGGACACUGCAACUGAAGGAAGAUCAGAAUUUGCAGCCGAAUUCACGGCACCUGAUGAUGCAAGAAGCCGCAUCUGUUGAGCCUUGUUCAACUCAUGUUUAUGUUAGAGAUAUUGUAAUAUAUCUCUCAAUUUUGAUAUCACAAAAUUGGAUUAAAAUACAUUCAGGAAGAGUGGGCUGACACAAGCACGCGCUGCAGCGCGCAGGAGUGCGCGCGGACGCACUGCAGCGCUCUUGGGCGCUGCAGCCUGUGCAAAACAGACCUCUUGGGUCUGUUUUGCUAGGCCCGCGCGCUGCAGUGCGCCCUGGGCGCUGCAGCCUGCGCAAAAUAGACCUCUCGGGUUUGUUUUGCUAAGCCCGCGCGCUGCAGUGCGCCUCUUGGGCGCUA